AUGGACCAGUCGGACCUGCUGGGGUUCCUUGUUAUCACCCUAAAUUGCAACGUGACCCUGGUGGGGAAGAUCUGGCUUAUCUUCAUGGUGCUGCUGAGGAUGGUGGUUCUCAUUCUAGCCGGGUCACCCGUCUACCAGGACGAGCAGGAGAGGUUCGUGUGCAAUACCCUGCAGCCGGGAUGCGCCAACGUCUGCUACGACAUCUUCGCCCCGGUGUCCCACCUGCGGUUCUGGCUGAUCCAGAGCGUGUCUGUUCUCCUUCCGUCCGCGGUCUUUGGCGUCUACGUGCUGCACAAAGGAGCUGAGUUGGCUGCACGCAGAUCCCGCGGGCCAGAGGAUGCCUCGGAGGACCACGACGCCCCGGAGCUGACCCCCGGGGCCAGGCGCUGCCUGACGGUGCCGGACUUCUCCUCGGGCUACGUGGUCCACCUCUGCCUCCGGACCUUGACCGAGGCAGCUUUCGGUGCCCUGCACUACCUCCUCUUCGGAUUCUUGGUCCCCAAGAGGUUCUCUUGCACGCACCCUCCUUGCACCAGCGUGGUGGACUGUUACGUCUCCCGACCCACGGAGAAGUCCAUCCUGAUGCUUUUCGUCUGGGCGAUGUGCGCGCUGUCCUUCCUGCUCACUGUCGCCGACCUGGUCUGCAGCGUGUGCUGGAAGACGCGAGGGCGACCCGGUGGGGUCCGGAGGAGACCGUGUCCAGGGGCAAGGGAUGCGGCGCCUGAGGGACGCGGGGCGCGGGAGGGGCUUGGGGUGCACGAGGGACGCGGGGAGCGCGCUCGCACGGGACUGGGGACCCGAGGGCCGGGCGCGCACAGCCCCGCUGCGGAGCCCGCCGCGCCCGGGAGCCUGGAGCUGCGGGGGGAGGACGAGAGCGACGCGUUGUCCUCAGCCAGUGACCAGCCGCGCUUGGCCCGGCCCGGAGCGGCGGCCCCGGGGUGGGAAGAGCGCCCCUGCGCGCCGCGUGCCCCGCUCUCCGGCCCUGGCAAGUCCGAGUGGGUGUGA